CCUCGCGCGCACGGCAUGGUAUUUAAGCUCCAUGCGCUGCUCCUCUCUUCCCCACGCAGCCACCGAUCAAUAGAAGCAGCAGCACAUCAGCAGCUUGCUCUAUUCCGUCCAAUAGCAAUGGCUGCGGCAACCAUGGCUCUGUCCUCCCCUGCUAUGAAGCUUGCCGGAGCCUCCUCCGUCCUCGGCGGCGGGCGCAUCACCAUGCGCAAGGCCACGGCCAAGGCGGCAAGCUCCAACAGCCCGUGGUACGGUCCCGACCGCGUGCUCUACCUCGGCCCACUUUCCGGCGAGCCCCCGAGCUACCUGAGUGGCGAGUUCCCAGGUGACUAUGGCUGGGACACCGCCGGGCUCUCCGCUGACCCGGAGACCUUCGCCAAGAACCGUGAGCUGGAGGUGAUCCACUCCCGCUGGGCCAUGCUCGGCGCUCUCGGCUGCGUAUUCCCGGAGCUGCUAGCGCGCAACGGCGUGAAGUUCGGCGAGGCGGUCUGGUUCAAGGCCGGCUCCCAGAUCUUUAGCGAAGGCGGCCUCGACUACCUCGGCAACCCAAGCUUGGUUCAUGCUCAGAGCAUCCUUGCUAUCUGGGCCUGCCAGGUCGUGCUCAUGGGUGCCGUUGAGGGGUAUCGUGUUGCCGGUGGCCCGCUCGGAGAGAUCGUCGACCCACUCUACCCUGGUGGCAGCUUCGACCCCCUUGGUCUGGCUGACGACCCUGAGGCAUUCGCUGAGCUUAAGGUGAAGGAGCUCAAGAACGGCCGCCUCGCCAUGUUCUCCAUGUUUGGAUUCUUCGUGCAGGCCAUCGUCACCGGUAAGGGUCCACUUGAGAACCUUGCCGACCACCUCGCCGACCCCGUCAACAACAAUGCGUGGGCUUUCGCCACCAACUUUGUGCCCGGCAAGUGAGCAUUUGAAGGUCGAGUUCCUAUGAGUAUACAUAUACUCUGAACUCUAGAUGUAUCAUUAAGCUGUGAUCAUUUGUACACUAUCAAAGAUGUUUGUAGCUGAGGCGAACUUCUCUGCUCGUCAAGGACCUAUGCUGGAACAUGAAAUGUCUAUAACGAAAAAUGCAAGAUCUCCAUCUCCAUAUGAAUAUGAAUGGACAUGGUUCGAUCGUUCUUUGUUUUCUCA